UUUCCACGAGGCACUAUCAACAGAGUCUGUUUGCGUGCUGCUCACUCUUUUCCUUUCUUAGUCCUUCUGCUUUAUCGGUCUCCCCUUCUUCUUGGACCCUUCAGAGCUCACAGGACCCAGGGCCACAUCAUGUUUCCACGUGCAUUGGUGCUGCUCCUGUUAUGCAUCACCGCAGGCUUGGCUGCCACGCUUAUCCAGGCCUCUGCUGAUGCGGCUACAGUGGAUUCUCCAGCUGACGGGUCUGAAGCUCAGGCUGGUGAAACUGGUAAUGGGGAGUCCCAAGCAGACAACAUCUUAAUGGCAGAUGCCCCUACUGAGGGAAAACCUGCAACCCAGAGCACCACGGAAGAAUCUGAAGAUGAUUCAGACUGGGGCUUAGGUUCUAUCAGAGGGGGUUUCCAGGCAGUGAAUGGCUAUUUUGACUCUAUACUGGAGCUGAUGGGAGGCCGGGAUGGUGUAUGUCAGUACCGCUGUAGAUAUGGUAAAGCUCCUCAGCCUCGUGUUGGCUAUCAAAUGCCAGAGCCUGAUGGUUGUAGCACCUCACUGCUUGGCUUCCAGGUACCGAAAAGUUUUGAUAUGGGUGUCCCGGCCAUGACCAAAUGUUGUAAUCAGCUAGACAUUUGCUAUGACACCUGUGGCUCUAACAAGUACCGCUGUGACACUAAAUUCCGCUGGUGCCUCCAUAGCAUCUGUGGUGACCUGAAGAAGAGUCUGGGCCUCAUAGCAAAAGUUGAAGCAUGUGAGGCAUUUGCGGACACCAUGUAUAACACCGUGUGGACUUUGGGCUGCAGGCCCUUCAUGAACGGCCAGAGGGCAGCCUGCUAUUGUGAAGGAGAGGAGAAAGAUGAGCUUUGAAGACCUACAAACCACAAAAACACACCACCUUCAACACAUAUAAACGCUUUACAAGUUUAAACUACUCCACACAAGGGGUCAGUAUUAGGAUGAAUCUCAUUAAAACAAACCCUGGUCACAUUUCGCCACAUAAAUGAAAAGAAACUAUCAAGCAGAUUUACUGCAGUGUGUAACAGUGGUGAUUGUUAUUGGAUUCUCAUUAUAGUUUUGUUAUCAUUAUUAUUAUUAUUAUUAAUUGUAAUUAUUAUCAGCAUACAUUAAAUGCAGUAUAUAACAUGCUACUGCAAUGUAUAAAUACUAUUAAUUUAAAUACUAAGUUAAAUAAAAUAUUUAUUUUAUUUGCGUUACAACAAAAGAGUUUUACUUUGUAUAAUAGCAAUUAAAUUUUUUUAGAAAUUAUCCAUAUCUUUCUAAAAAAAAAAAAAUGUUACAAA